AUGGCGCAUCCCCAUGAUGAUGCCCUAGUAAUAGUAGGCGACAUAGCUGAUUUUGACGUCAAAAGAGCGUUGGUUGACGGGGAAAGUGCCACAAAUGUACUCAUCUGGGACGCUUUUUUAGGCCUGAAGGUCCCACCUGAUAAGUUAAAAAUCGUGAACACCCCCUUGCAAGGCUUUGGAGGAGCCACGGUGAUUCCAGAAGGUACUGUGGAGCUCCCGAUCACGCUAGGCACAUAUCCAACCACUAUGGUAAUUGUGGCAAGCUUUUUGGUCGUUAAUACCCCCAUGGCCUAUAAUGCAAUUUACGGUCAGCCGUUACUCAACGCAACUAGAGCCAUCUCCUCGACCUAUCACCAGGUCCUGAAAUUCCCAACCAGCAAGGGAGUCGGGGCCGGGAGGUCAGCAUCGGGGUCGAGUUGGACUCUGAAGAAAAAAUGGAAGCUGGUGAGGUACCUGACAGACAACCUAGAUGUUUUUGCAUGGAGCCUAAGUGAUAUCACUGGGGUCAGCCCAGCACUCGCUCAGCAUUGCCUCGGAGUUCUACUUGGAGCCAAACCAGUAAAGCAGAAGAAAAGGAACCUCGCCCUCGAAAGGCAAGAAAUAGCAAGGGCGGAAGUGGAAAAGCUACUGCAAGUAGGUUUCAUCUGA